AUGGAGCUUCCGCCGGAUGCCCGGCGGGGCAAGAGCCGCGCGGCGGCCGUGAGCCCGUUGGUGCUGCGCGAAAUCGUCGCCGUGCGACGCGCGCAUCCCGAGCUCGCGAACGAGCACAUCGCGACGGCCGUCAACGCGCAGUACGGCACGGGCCUCGGCAGCAGCGACAUCGAUCGGCUCUAUCGAAAGGCCACCGUCGAAAGCAGUGUAGGGAAGAAUAAGUUCGUUCGUUAUAAGAACGCGGAGCUUGAGGCGGAGUUAUCGCGGUGGACGCGCGAGAGGCGGCUCCGUCUCGAAGCGAAAAGGGCGGCGCAGGGGAAAGGGGAGGUCCCGAGGUCAAGCAUCGUGGCGUUCCUGCAGAAGUACGCGCGGCGCAUCGCAGAGCGGUUCGGCGUGCCUCCUCUGUACGAGUUUGAGCGCUGGUGGUGUUGCGAAGUGCUGCGCGACGCAGGUCUCGACGAGUGCGGCGAGGAGGUGGGGACGCGCUCGGGGGACGAAGUGGGGACGCGGGGGAGGGACGAGGCAGAAACGCGCGACAUGCAGGGGGAGAAGCAGGUCGACCGCGUCGCACGCGAUAACGGAGAGGCGCCGGACUCCGCUAGUGCUGGCGAAGGCGGCUUAGGCGGCGCUGCGGCAGGCGAGCUGAGUGCGGGUAGAAGUGGCGGGAGGGAUGAGGGCGGAGAGGCCGACGAGGCGCAGGUACCUGCGGGCGCACCGUCGUGGGCGCGGGGCAGCGCCGCCGCGGCGAUACGCUACAUCGGCGGAAGCAGCAGCAGAUCGCCUUACGACGGGUCGGGCGCGACGGCGGGCGCGGCCAGCGCGGGUGCGAGCGCGCUGGCGGCGCGCGUGCGGUACGAAGUGGCGAUGCUGGCGUGCGUGCGGCCGUUCCUGAGCCCCAGGAUCGUGACGGCCGCCGUGCACGCGCGGUACGGGCUGUGGCUCAUCCCUAAACACGUCCGCUACAUCGUCCAGGAGAGCCGCCGCUGGGUGCGCGCGGACGCGGGGGAGCGCGCGCCGGGCGCGGCGGACGCGGGGGAGAGCGCGCUGGAGGAGGCAGUGGCGCUGUGGGUGGUGGCGGAGGAGGAGGGCGCGGGGCGCGCUGUGAGCCGCGCGCAGCUGGUGGGCAAGGCGAGGGAGCUGGCACGGGGGUGCGGCGUGGAGGAGGGGCGGUGCACUGAGGCUUGGGCGAGCAGGUUCGGAGAGGCGGUGGAGAGGCAAGGGGAGGCAGUCUUGGGGCGAGCAGGGGAUGGUGGCGGUGGGAGAGGGGAGCGAGCAGGGGAUGGUGGCGGUGGGAGAGGGGAGGGCGCAGUGGGUGGCGCUGGGCAGUCCCCAUCCCCCUCGCAUGAUGAUGCAUGGCGCUCCGUGGCCCCCCUGCCCGCCAUGGGCAGCCCCGAGCUGCAGGCGCUGCAGGCGGAGCCUGGGGACUGGCGCUCUCUCACACCCUCUUGCGCACCAUCCUUGCCCACACCACCAGUUUGUUUAUCCCCCCUCGCCCCCAACUCCCCUUCCUCACUCGCCCCCACUAUCUUUGCCCUCACACUUUCAACUCUGCAUUCCCUCUCUCCACUCAACCCUCCUCCACGUACCCCUCCGUUCCCCGCUUCUCCCCACAUCCCCCCGCUUCUCCCCACAUCCCCCCGCUUCUCCCCACAUCCCCCCGCUUCUCCCCACAUCCCCCCGCUUCUCCCCACAUCCUCCCGCUUCUCCCCGCAUCCCCCCCCAUCUCCCCGCAUCCCCCCCCAUCUCCCCGCAUCCCCCCCCAUCUCCCCGCAUCCCCCCCCAUCUCCCCGCAUCCCCCCCCAUCUCCCCGCAUCCCCCCCCAUCUCCCCGCAUCCCCCCACAUCCUCCUGCAGGUGGAUGGUGCUGCCGGGGGGCAUAGAGAGGGAGGAGGUGGAGGGGCGGGUGAGGGAGCGCGUGUGGAGGGAGGAGGGGCAGAGGGCGGGGCGAGUGGAGGUGGUGCUGCUGCAGUGGGUGCAGCAGCUCUCCGCCACCAUCCUCCUCGACCGCGCCCGCUUCUCCUUCCCUCCUGGCUUCCACUGGGGCUCGCCUGUUGCUGCUGCUGCUGAAGCCGGCAGUGCUGCUGCUGGUUCUGCUGCUGCUGGUGCCGCUGCUGCUGGUGCCGCUGCUGCUGCUGCUGCUGCCGGUGCUGCUGCUGCUGCUGCUGCUGCUGCUGCCGGUGCUGCUGCUGCCGGUGCUGCUGCUGCCGGUGCUGCAACUCAUAGUGGUACUCAGAGUGGUGGUGGUGAUGAUGGUGGCGCUGCUGCUGCAGCUUGCGGGGUGAUGGAGGAGCACAUGAGGCGCCUCUUCGGCCCACUGGCCCCGGGAGCCGUGCCAUCCACCACCACCACCAGCGCCGAUCCCAAUCCCAACGAACCUUAUCUUGGUGUGACCGUGGGUGCACGCGCGGGCAGUGGGCUGCUGGGGAAGCACGGGGUGCCGUUCAUUCUCACGCGCCCCAUGCUGCGCCAGGCAGCGCGCCGCGUCGCCCCGCUGCUGUACCGCAACGGCAGGGGCUACCCGCGGUUCGAGAUCUACUGGUGCCGCCGCUUCCUGCGCCGCCUCGAGGCUCUGCGCUCCCUGGCCCGCCUGAAGCUCACUGCCGCCCGCCAGGGAGGCCCGCCGCCCGUUGUGAUCCGUUGGCCUGGGGAGGGGUGUAGGGAGGACAAGGGCGUGGAGGAGGGGAUGAGUGGGGGUGGGACAGAUGGAGAGGCUAGGGAACGACAAGAGGAGGCGUGGCGAAAGAAUUUUCUGCAGCGGGUGGAGCGACAUGUGCAGGAGUUGAGAGAGGUGCAGCGAGGUGGGAGAGAAACGCGUGGAGCAGAUGAAACCCAUGGCAAAGAUGAAACCUGUGGAGCAGAUGAAACGCGUGGGGCAGAUGAAACUCGUGGAGCAGAUGGUUCAAAGGUGGGAGAUAGAGGGGACGCUAGACUGGAAGCGAGGGGAGAAGCGCGAGAUGAGGGAAGACACGAGCAAGAUGGGGAAGAGGGAGGGCUUGUGAGGGAGGACGAAAGGGCUGACAAAUCGCGGGCUACAGGGGAGGCGGCUACAGCAUCGGUGCCUGUGGGGGCGGCGGCAGGCGCUGCUGUGGCAGCAGUGGUGGUGGCGGCGGUGCAGCGGGCGCUGUGUGAGUGGGUGGCGGAGGGGGUGGUGGCGCGGCGAGCAGACGAGGAGGAGGCGCGGGAGCAGGCGGUGGUGGUGAGUGCGGUGCAGGCGACGUGGGGCGUGGCGGUGGGCGAGGAGCAGCUGGCUCUGCUGUGGCAGCAGCGCUCCCAGCUGCUGGGCGACGGGUGGGAGGGGCGGAUCAGAGCACGGUUAGCAGGUGGCGUGCAGCAGAGGGAGGGUGGGGAGGGGAGGGCGGAUGGGGAUGGAGAGGAGGAAGAGGUGAAGGUUGGGGUUGAUGGCAAGGUCAAGGGGCAGGUGGGGCAGGAGAAGGGGCAGGUGGGGCAGGAGAAGGGGCAGGUGGGGCAGGAGAAGGGGCAGGUGGGGCAGGAGAAGGGGCAGGUGGGGCAGGAGAAGGGGCAGAUGGGGCAGAAAGGCGUGCAUGGUGACCCCAGCGCGGUGCUGCUGCAGUGGGUGGCGUGGCGGGACGUGCGUGCGCUGCUGCAGGCACUGGACGGGCCGCAGUGGCACGGCAGGCUGCUGGCGCGCGUGGCAUGCAAGGUGGUUGGGGGGGCUGUAUGCAGGAGCGGGCAGGACCCCUGCACCGUGCAUGUGGUGCCGCAAGGUGCACGCAGGGAAGAGUCAGCGCAUGGCAUAUGCGGUGCCGCAAGGUGCAUGCAGGGGCGGGGAGGACCAGCGCAUGGUGCAUGCGGUGGCUCAAGGUGUGUGUGGUGGAGGUGGAGGGAAUGGGAAGAGGAGGCGUGA